GUCGACACUCCGCCACGCAAAAUAUCGCGAAUUGAACACGUGUUCGUGGUGUUUAACCGAACACUGCCAACCAGUCGAUGCUCUCCAAGCCGAGACGAACUCCAAAUUCGGAUUUAAAUCGACACAAACGAUAUUAACACCAGUGAGAAUUAUUAAGUAAUACGCAAGUAGAUGUGAUACGCGAUUUAAUAAUAAUAACAAUUAUAAUAAUACUAACAAUAACAACAAUAAGUCGCCUAGGAUAUUAAUUAUUUAAGCUUCAUUGUGAUCCUGACGAAGUUCCAAAGGUUGUGAAGCACCGGAUUAAAUCAUUUCUCCCGGACUAAUUAAGCUCUAAUUGUACCCCAAAUCGGCAAUAAUUCACCACCACCCAAGUGAUGUCAUGUUGUGAGGAUCCGGCCUGUUCCCAUGCUCUGGUUGCGGCGGCGACGAAGGAGGCCGUGCGUUUAUCCGACAAGGAAAGGGAAAUUAUCCUGGGAGUCCUUGGCCGCGACGAGCAGCUGAGAAGAGACCAGCGUCUGAGGAUUAUGCACCUGAAAGCCGAGCUGCAGAACCUGCGACGAAAAGGCGCUUUGCGGCCGUCAGCUGACUGGGACAGCACCGGACCGGAUCCGGAUCGGUCUUGUGGAAGAUGUCGAGUCGAAUUGGGUCGAGUGAUCAACCGAGGGGCUUACUGUCGGGCCUGCAGACUCAAAGUGUGUAAGGGAUGCAGGGAAUACUCAUUAAGGACGACUGAUUGGGUCUGCACAGUCUGCCACAAACACAUGGAGAUUCAAGCUGCGUCUGGAGAGUGGAUGAACGAGUUCGUGCGGAGACCCAGCAGGAGACGGGACAACAGGGUGUACGUACCGGCCGCCGACAUCAUCAAGCGGACGAUCCGCCGGUCAUGGACGAUUUCAAAUCCAACCCCGCGCUGGAACGCCCUGCGAGGCUCCCCCGAGCUGCGCCCCUACAACAGCCUGCCCAGAGGCCAGGACAUCAACAGCUACCCAUCCUUGGCCCUCCACAAGGCCGCCAACCAAGCCCAGGACCUCUCCGCCGAAAGAAACUCAUCCCCGUCGAGGCUGCAUCCGGCGUGCCGCCGCACCCAGUCCGAAGACGUCUACAACGAGCGAUCCACCUCCCCCGUCAAGCCCGCCGCCGCCAACCCCGAGCCCCCGGAAACCCCCACGAAACGACCGACCCGCGUAAAUCCUUUAAUGCGUUUAGCCGAGAACAAACAAUCCCAGAAGUCGAAUAAGUCGCCGCGGCGGAAGUCCCAGGCGAAGAACGAGAAGACCGAAACGGUGCCGGAAAACCAGGACAAGCGCGAGGUCGACGACGCCAAGGAGAAGAAGCUCGACAAACCCAGUUCGGUGGAAAAACGCGUCAGCUUCGACAGCAACGUCACCGACAAGAAGCCCUCCGGCAGCCCCCGCCUGCGCCGCGAGGAGCCCGACGAGCCCGCCGCCCCCGAAGUCCACUUCGCCCGCGAGGAGACCACCCCCGUCGAGCUGUGCGACAUCGAGCCCCUCAGCGGCACCGUCUUCCGCAAAGUGACAGUGCGUAGAAGGCGUCAAGAUAUGCGGAAAAUACCGGCGGUUGACACAGGUUGGCGCCGCGGCCCGGACGCCGACCUCUUCGACAUCCUCCUGCCCGAGCGCGACGACUACAAGCUCGUGUUCAUCAGCUCGGACAGCUCGUCCAAGGAGGAGGACGUCGACGACAACGACAGCUCCUCGACCGCCUCCAGCUUCCCGAUCGACGAGUGCGACUGGGACUACUUCGAGCCGGGCGGCGGCGCCAAGCCCGCGCUGAGCUGGAGCGUGUCGGACGAGGACGCCGCCGCCGAUGGCCCCGCCGCCCCCAUGGACGAGGUAGCCGUGCAGUGCGAGCACCAGCGCCGCCCGUGCCGCAGCUGCGGCGCGCCCACCUUCAUUCCCAUCCCGGUGCCGGUGCCCAUCCCCUUCCCCGUGCCCUGGACCCAGGUGCGGCUGCCGCGCCACCUGCUGGCCUGCAUGAGUCAGGCGCUUAUCUGGCCGCUGAUAAGCGGGCCGCAGUCGGCGCUCGACGGGGCCGCGAUGACGGAGGACGGCGCGGUGGCGGGACACGUGGAGGCGGAGACGCGGGGCGCGUCCUCGUCGGACUCGGACGGCAGCGACGAGGGCCGUCCGGUGCACCGGGUCUACACGGUGAACGGGGGCGACCGCGAGAGCGACGACGCGCUGCCGAGCAGCAACGUCACCACGGAGGACGAGGACGAGGCGCGCUCGCACAGCUCGGUGCGGGAGGACGACCUGUCGUCGUCGGGCUCGGCGGACACGGACAGCGACGACACGGGCACGGUGGCGGACCAGAAGCCGAAGCGCUUCUCCCGGACCUUCGUCGUCAACAAGACGUCGUCGUCGUCGGAGUCGUCUUCCUCGAGUGACAAUAAUAACGACAGUUCGGACAAUGACACGGACACCGAGAUGGACUGUACGGUGGUGUUGACCAACGUGAAGCAUUUGAGUGAGGACGCGGUGUACGAGAGCGCGACGGCGAAGGUGGAGUCGGCGUCGUCGAGUCCGGGCUUGUCGGACGUCAGCGCCGAGUCGCUCAACUCCAGCGACGUGGAGCAGACCCGCGAGAGCACCGACGAGUGGAAGAGCGGGAUCCGGUCUGACGAACCCGUUACCGUAGUGGGGGAGUUGGUGAACACGCGCGGUGACGGUGAGCGGGCAGGUGUGCUAGUCACCGGAGAACCGGACGUUGGUAUAUCACGUCAUGCGGCUCGUUACACUAGCCUCGUCAUGAUCACCCAGGAACCCGCCCCUUCCUACCAGCAAGUGAGCGUCGUCACGUCCGAUACCACCACGCUGGUCGCCGACAAUGACGUCAUAGUCAGGCACACCAACUGGCAGGACAGGAGCGAGGAUUUCGGCGACCGACCAGCUGAUAAUCAAAACCGACUCGGAGAGAGCGUCACGGUGAUAACCGGAGGCGAGACUCUUUCCGCUUUCGAGGAGGGUCUAGCGGACGACGACUCCUGGGUGGAAAAUCUGAGCCACGACGAAGACGACUUCGACGACACGAAUUCCCCGACCGACGACUCCACGUCGGGCGAAGAGGUCGCCCUCACGUGUACCGCGGCCCUCGACCAAGAAGACGAACUGAGAGGGUACCACCGCUCGGCCAUCGACUUCACUCUACACACCAUCGUCGAAGAAAGCUGCGAAGAAAGCGAAGUCGAGCAAUCCCUGACCAACACCAACCCCAAACCCAACUUAUCCACCGACUUAGAAAAGUACUUUUUCUUCAGACUGGGGGACGGUACUUCGGUGGCGACGAACCGCGAAGAUGCGUUUUCCGAAACUAGCAGCAUCUGCAGCGAGGGUUUGGACUCUCUAGGGGGACCCGAGGAGUCGCAGCAACCCAGCGAUGGGUCCGACUUGGCCGAGUUGGCGUCGUCCCGUCUCGAGAAGUACUUCCUUCACGGGUUCAUGGGCUUCACCGCGGAGCGCCGGGACUCCGAUGGCAGCGUCGGGAGUGAUAGUGAGGGGCGACCUAGUCCCGAACAGAGACGCAAAAGACUCGUUAGGGCCCGCGGUACGGGCAGAUCUCAUUCGUCCUCCUUAGAUAAUUUAUUAGCUAAUCCAGACCUGUCCGGCAACGACCAAAACGAAGUACAAAAUUCCGAAAACCCGUCCAGUUCGGACUCGGACACGUGCGACGAGUCGAACACUUUCGAGAAGUCGGACGGCCAAUUCGACACCGUCAAGCGAAAAAAGGGCAAGAAGCAAAAGAGCUCGAAUUCGAUUGACGAAACGAAGGGUUUGGAGACCACGCAGGAGGAGAACGGCUCGGAGGAGGACGACGACGGGCACAAGACGCCGCAGCCGGAGACGCCGUCCAACUUGACCACGAACAAGAACCAGCAGAGCAGAGACAGCGGGUUCAUAGGCAGCUGCGACGACUUGCUCAAGGAGCAGCGCGAAAACUCCACCCCCGAGCUACCCAACACCAAGCACGAGCUCAAACUCGAGUUGGAGAACAUCGCCGAGGAGAAGAAAAUCGACACUAAGUACUUGUCGACCCCGCCGGCGACGUCGCUCACGCGCAAAGACAGUUUCAACAACUGGAGCUCCGACGAAGAAACGAACUUGAUGAUGUGCAAAAUGCGCCAGUUUUUCAAGACGAUGGUGGCCAAUUCUCAGUGUAACGCGUCUUCCAAACCCACCACUCCUACGUUAAACGCGCGAACCUCCCCCAAACCAGUUCCUAGUCCACGUGUCAAAAACCGGUGCAAACCCCCUCAGUUAGUGUACUUUGAAAACGAACUCACUAGGUUGAUGAAGACGGUACCCGGGAUACGAGACGACCAAGUUCGGGAGAUCGUGGAGUAUUUGAGCAGUGAGGACACCUGGAGCGACUCGUACGACUCCUCGGACUACACGAGUUCCGACCUCGAAGGAACCACGACGAAGAGCGCGCUCCAACAACAAAUCUCCGACAGUUGUAAAGAGAUCAUCGACAAGUUCGACAACGGGGUCGAAGAUGAAGAGGGCGACCUGGGGGACGGCGGAAUCGCGGAUGAGUCCCACGGGAUUAACCGGGAGACGGCUUUCGUGUACCAAAAACUAGUGGCGUCGUUUGAGAAAAUGGCCACCGGGGACGGCGACAACAAAAUCGCGUACGCCCCUCACAACUCGCCGCCCCUCAUCGCCAAGGUCAUGCACCACAUCGGGAGUCGUUUGGUGGCGCUAAUGCACGAGGUGUCAAGUGGCGAGAGUCACGCUAGCGAUAGUCCGAAGACGCGGCAUUAUCACCGCCGCCUCCAGGCUAAACUCUCGUCCGCCUCCACCACCACCACCGAAGACGACGACAGCACUUCUGAUAGUAAUCUCCCGGACACGCUCGGCUUCGAGGAGACCAUUCCGCCGUACAAUCUUCUGCCGAGGAGCCGCUCCCACGACCUCCUCGUCGGCGAGUCCCGCACCCAUCACCAGUCGAGUAGCGGCGUCUCCGACAUCGUCGAGGAGCGCGAAAUCAGCGACUGCGAGCGCUUCAGCUGGAGAGGCAGCUUCGAGUCGGCUCUUCUGGCCACCGACUCCCGGAACAAGUUGUCUUUGUUGGGGGAGGCGUCGGCGUCGGCGUCGGCGCUCGCCCUCGCCGCCAAGCGACGCUCCGCGGGCGAUUUGCUCUUCAGCCACAAGAGUCUGAGCCGGGAGCAGCUGGACCGCGUGCGUAGUUGCGGCAGCAUCGGCGGCGCCAACAGCGAAGACAAACUAUGGGUGGCGUCGGCGGCGCGGCCCACCCGGCGGCGGUCGAGCGUGCCGGACGCGGCGUGCGGCUCCGGGGGCUCCGCCGACGGCGAAGAGGACGACGAGGACGAGGAGAUGGAGAGCCGGUCGACGCUGCCGAGGAGUCUGCAGAGCGGCGCCGCGACGACCAACUCGCUGCCGAGGCUGCCGACGAACGCGGCGGCGACGAGCAUGCAGAAGGCGCAGAGUAUGUACCAUUUCCUGCCGCCGAACGCCAAGAGCGCCAGGUACAGGCCGCCGGGGUUCAGCAGGCUGGUGACGGCGGCGCCGAAGAGGGCGGUUUCAGCGCCGGGGUUGCAGCCUACGCACCAGCGCCGGGGUCGACGAUCUCAGCAACUUAAUGUUCCUAGUGAUGAUGUCAGCAUAUCAGAAGCGCACUCAUCACCCAUGCUCGCGUCCAGAAACGGGAGCAAAAGCGCCACUCCUAGUCCCGUCGCACCCGGCUCGAGGAGGGGCACCGGAUCGGUCUCCAGUCAGGAUUGGGCCAGCGUCACCGCCGACGACGACAUCGACAGGCUGGUCGUGAUGCACCAAAGAAGCAGUCUGUCGAGUCUGGGGGUACGUGAGAUUUCGAAAAAAUUUCAUUUGCCUACGCCACCUCGGUUCAAGUUUCUGCGUUCUGAGUUGCGUUCCGACUCCAUGGCCAGCGUGUACUCCGGUGCCGGCGAGGGCAGAUACGGCACCGUGGCGGUCCGAGGCCAAGUCGAGUUCGGCCUCCAAUACAACUACAAAGCCAAAGCGCUCGAAAUCCACAUCAAGCAAUGCAAGGACCUAGCUCCCGUCGACAUCAAACGAAACCGCUCUGACCCCUACGUCAAAGUCUACUUGCUCCCCGACAAAUCGAAAAGCGGCAAGCGGAAAACGAAAGUCAAGAAGCACACCCUGAACCCGGUCUUCGACGAGACCCUCAAGUUCCAGAUAUCGCUGAACGAGCUCGAGACGCGGACGCUGUGGCUGACGGUGUGGCACUCGGACAUGUUCGGCCGGAACGACUUCCUGGGGGAGGUCAUGAUGACUUUAGAGAAUAAAGUCUUCGAUGAUCCCACCCCCAUGUGGUACAACCUCCAGGAAAGGACUGAGCCCUUCGACGACAUGUUAUCAUUCAAGGGUGAUAUCAUUGUGUGUCUGAAGUUUGUUCCGCCGGAUAUGACGGUGCACAAGAAGGGGAAGAGGUCGAGGGGGAUGCUGCACGUGCUGGUGAAGGAGGCGAAGUGUCUGACGGCGGUGAAGGCGAACGGGUCGUCGGAUCCCUUCUGCAAAAGCUAUCUCCUGCCUGAUAAAGGACGCAGUGCCAAACAGAAGACUCCGGUAGCGAAAAGAACUGUUAAUCCAGUUUGGAACCACACGUUUAUUUACGAUGAUGUCACACUUCAGGAAUUGGCGGAGCGUUGUUUGGAGUUGACGGUGUGGGAUCACGACCGAUUAGCAAGUAACGAGUUCCUAGGUGGUGUACGAUUUUCGCUGGGCACAGGUAAACAUUACGGGAAGACCGUCGACUGGAUGGACGCGACCGGGAAAGAGCUCACCCUGUGGAAGAGCAUGCUCGAGAGGCCGAAUUUCUGGGUGGAAGGGUGCUUGUCGCUGAGGCCGACUCUGGAUACUCGUACAUCAUAACAAAAUACUCAAUCGCGCUGACAUAUCUAGGGUAACAAAGCGUUGCAUUAUUUAGUACUUUUCCAAAUUUGUACAUGGGUUUAAAAUGUUUAAUCAUUUCAUGAUGUAAGUAAGUAAAUUUUUACUAGUUAUUUAAUGUACACCUUAAUAUAGGUAACCAAUUCUAACAAACUGAUAUAUUUUCAUAUUAUUAAAUAAAUAGAUGUUUUGUACUGUGA